CUCUCUUUGAUCUAAAGUGCAUUUCCUCUGUGCAAAUUAUCGUUUAUAUUUCUAUUUUCUGACUGCUGACGAUAAAAUGAUUACCUUCUUAAUCGUCAAAUUACAAGAAGGGAAUGGAGGUAACGAAAUCAUACCUAGCACUUCGUAUCAUGAUGGAUUGUGUUCUUUACCAUCAAAGAAUAUUCUCAAGUUGGCAGAGAAGUGUGAGAUUUUGAAGAUGGCAUGGUAACGGUAUAAAUGGAAAGUUCUCUCGAGUCACGGUAAUUCUUGUUUGUCAUGUUGCAGCUGUAUUCUACUAAUAAAUUUUUUUAUUUUUAUUAUAUACAUUUCAACAAGCCGUGAACAGAAAAGAUGAGUGUGACACUUCGGAUUCAGCAGGAGUGUUUUUGAGUGGCUCGAGGCAUAAUUUGAGAUCGGAAGGAUCAAAAAGAAUACAGAUUCAACGACAAAGAAACCAGCAGGUUAAACCUCCCUUGCCCGCCUCCAACAUCGUUUCUAACGAGAGAGUUGGCGAUGAAAUCGAUACAAUUGACACUGGUAUUGGUAUUGGACAUGUACCAAAGCCUAUAACACCAACAACAGCAAGCAAGAAACAAUCCUCGUUACAAACAACUGUUCACGAAGAUUCCGAUUCCGGUAUGGAAGAGAGUAACAUAUCUCAAAUUAUCAAUGCUGGUCCGGUAACACAGCCACCAACGAACACAUACCGUUAUUGCUCAACGUCUGUUUUAGAGCCAAGCAAAACACUAUCACUUGGUGGUACGCGUGCAUUACAGCAGCCAGGGACGAGCGACGCAGGCAAGAUUUCUCGUGGCCAAACUGGAGAGGACUUUGGAAUGAUACAGUCACAAGCACUAAUGACAAUGCCUUCAACCUCACAAGAGACAACUCACCCAAACUUAAAGCGCAAAACCCUAUUGAUGGGUUUAACUGAGAAAAGAUCGUCUUUUGAAAAAAAAGUACUGAAAAAUUUUGCGAACUAA